GGACUGGAGAGUCGUCGCCCGCAGGUCCUGUGAGGCAGGAUUCCGCUCCUCAGAGUCAGCUUGACAAACAAACACCUGUCUGCGCUGGAGAUGGCGUACUUAAGCGGCUCCCCGACCCCCAACAGUUUUUAUUGUGACACAGCGCCCUCUUCCGCCUGGAUGCAGGAUCAACCUCCACCGGAUUGGCUGAGCGGUUGUCAGGAGUGUUUACAGUAAACAUGGCUUCCCUGUCUGUUGGAGAGCUUCAAGAAAUGGAAGUGGACCGGAGGGGUGAGUCUGAGGAGUCUGGGGAUGAUGAGACCAGAAGGAGGAGUAUCAAUGGCGAUGUGGACCCCAAUCAGCCCACUACCACAAGUAAAGAAGAGUCUCCUGUUGACAUGGACACCAUAACCUUGGACCCAGAGGAAGAGGAUGUUGAUCUUGUUCAUUGUCGUAUUGGAAAGAUUGAAGGAUUGGAGGUGCUACAAAAAGCUAAAACACUCUCCCUACGACAGAACCUCAUCAAAAAGAUAGAAAACCUUGACAGUUUGAGCUCACUGAGGGAACUAGAUCUCUAUGACAAUCAGAUCCGCAAACUGGAGAACCUGCGCAACCUCACAGAGUUGGAGCAGCUCGACGUGUCCUUCAACAUAUUGAGGAAGGUGGAGGGUUUGGAGCAGUUGACUCGGCUGAAGAAACUUUUUCUGCUUCACAACAAAAUUAGCAGCAUUGCCAACCUGGAACACCUCACAGGCCUGGAGAUGCUGGAGCUGGGCUCUAAUCGCAUCCGGGUCAUAGAGAGCCUGGAUACACUCGCGUCUUUGCAAAGUUUGUUUCUUGGCACCAAUAAAAUAACUCAGCUUCAGAAUCUGGAGGGUUUACACAACCUGACUGUUUUAAGCAUUCAGAGUAACCGGAUUACUAAAAUCGAGGGUCUGCAGAACCUUGUCAACCUGAGAGAGCUCUAUCUGAGCCACAAUGGCAUUGAGGUUAUUGAGGGCUUGGAGAACAAUAAAAAGCUUACAACCCUGGAUAUUGCAGCCAAUCGAGUAAAGAAAAUUGAAAACAUCAGCCAUCUGACAGAGCUGCAGGAGUUCUGGAUGAACGAUAAUCAGAUAGAUAACUGGUCAGAUCUUGAUGAGCUGAAGAAUGCCAAGUCUCUGGAGACGGUUUAUCUCGAAAGAAACCCGCUACAGAAGGAUCCACAGUACCGGCGAAAGAUCAUGCUGUCGCUGCCCAGUGUACGCCAGAUCGACGCUACCUUCAUCCGCUUUUAAACUGCAGUAUACGAAUCACCUGCCAACUUCACAGUGUUCUCCCUCACCUCCCUCCCUCCCCUGCCUACGGAAACAAACUUCAUUUUGAAACACAUUGGCCUCACUGAAUCAUAUAGUCACAAAUAUACAUUCCAACAUUAAACUCACCCAUGGCUCAUUCAACAUACGUGUGUGCAUGUAUGCACUCAUUCACACCUUGAUCUAUGCUACUGUGUGGAAGCUUAUUUAUUUAUUAAGCUGGAUAUGAAUUGUGAAAGUACCUGAUGCCCAUUUUCCUCAUUUUUUCUCUGCACUUACUUUUCUUUUAUUGUUUUGCAUGUAGGACAUGGUAUGGAGACAUCUUGCUUCCUCAAUCAUACAGUACCCAUCAGGAAAAUAAGAAAUCAGUCUAAUUUAUCACAUUGUUGAAGUUGCACUGCUAACAUAAGAGAGGAAAGGGCGCCAUUCUUAAUAUUUGAGGGAUUUUGUGAGUCUAUUCCUUUUGGUUACAGCAUGAGACUGUUCUCAUAAUGUAAACAGAAAGUAAAAGAACAAUUAAAUGUUGACAUUAAAGGGAAAGUCCAUGACAAAAUAUAAUUUUCAUAUUUUAAUCUUCAGAAUACUACUUAUUGUUUCAUUUGGUUUAACAUGCUUCAAAACCAACCCGGUUAUCAAACUUUGCAGUCACAGAAACAUCUAGAAUGAAGCCUACGAUGCCAUACUGACACCGUGCAGUUUAAAUCGGUUUAGUAAAGUGGCACUUACAUAUAUCAGUCUUUUUAAGGAAAAAAUGGCAGAAACCGAUAAAUCAUUUUAAGAAACUGGUAUCAUGGGCUCAUUUUGAUGUCUGUUCCUUAUCCAGAUAUUUUAUUGCUCAUAGGCCAAUUUUUUGGUUAACAAGAGUGACCUGUGCAGUAAAAUAAAGCUCAAGAGAAUGUAAAAUCAUUUAUCGUGUUCAUAAAGAUGGUUUUGUGAUAA